AUGACUACAUCUUCAAUCACAUCUAUCGAAAGCAUACUAUCAAGUGAUACACAUGAUCAAGUGAAAAUCAAUGAGUUACAAUCAUCUGUCGAUUACAGCUCAAUUGAUGAGGAAAUCAUAAAUAGCAGUACCAUCAAUGAUUCAUUCAAAAUUAUCAUCUUAUUAUUCAAACUUGAAUACAUCAUCAAUAACCAAGACAUAUCCAAUCUGUUGAAACAAAUAGAAUCCAUAUUCACAAUCAUUCAGUCGAUAACUGGUUUAAAGAGAAUUGUCAAUAGUGGAUACAAUACAAACAAUAAUCAUAUUGAAUUGUAUAUUAAAAUCAAAUAUAAUGAUUUAUUAACUGAUUAUCAAUUUUUAAUAGAUCAUCCUAAUUAUGCUAAAUUCAUUGAAUUGAUUAAUAAAAAAGUAUUAAUUAUAAAUAAUAUUCCUAAAGUUGUAUAUCCUAAAUUGAUUGAAUUGAUUCAAUUUAAGAUAGUUCAACUUUAUCUUAUAUCAGAUUACGACAAUAGAAAACCUUCAAUAUUAAGUUAUUUAAAUGAUCAAUUAGGGGGGCUGAAUGAUCAAAAUAUCGUAGAUGUGUUGGAUUUUCUUCAAUCAGAUAGAAUAAUUCUGAUUGAAACAUAUCAGAAGAUAGUUUCUAUUGAUUGUAAAAAUAAUUAUCAUAAUUUAAUCACAAAUUAUCUUGACUCAUCAAUGAUUUUACGCAAUUUAAUUGAAAAUAAUAUCAUUUUAUUACCCAAUUAUUAUAAUUCAAUCAAAUUGGCUAAAGUGUAUAAAAUUUUAAAUAUUGAUACCAGUAUAAAUAUUGAAGAUAUCAUAUUUAAUAUGAUUCAAUUGAAAAAAUUCUCAGCUGGGGUUAAGAUUGAUCAAAUUAAUGAAUUAGUCAUGUUUAAUACUAUUAAUCAUCAAGAUCAAAUAUUGAAUAAUCAUAUACAAGAAGUGGGUACUUUAGUUAAUAAUAUUUGUGUUCAAUUACCAUAG